GGGGCGGGUCCGGCGCGCAGAGAAAAGCGUCCGGUGGACGGCAGCUGGCGAGGUUCACACUGGAGUGCUUCGCGACUGUGUCGGGGAUUAUCAGGGUACCCGGAAGCAUGGUGUCCCUGCAGCUGCUCAGAGCGCCCCUCCUGUGUGUCCUGCUCUGGGCCCUUUGUUCUCCAGGUGCCAGGGCCCAGGAGCCUGGGGCUGGUGUCCAUCAUGGCAGCGUGGGCCUGGACAAGAGCACAGUGCACGACCAAGAGCAUAUCAUGGAACAUCUGGAAGGCGUCAUCAACCAGCCAGAGAGGGAGAUGUCCCCACAGGAGCUGCAGCUCCAUUAUUUCAAAAUGCAUGAUUACGAUGGCAACAGUUUGCUUGACGGCUUGGAGCUCUCAACAGCCAUCACUCACGUGCACAAGGAGGAGGGGAGUGAGCAGGCCCCAGCCAUGAGCGAGGAUGAGCUCAUCAGCAUCAUAGAUGGCGUCCUGAAGGACGACGACAAGAACAACGACGGCUACAUCGACUACGCCGAGUUCGCCAAGUCGCUGCAGUAGGCGGCCGGCUCUUUCCUUGAUGCACAUGUGACCCCUGCUAAUGUGAUGGACGUGUCUGGUGAUUCGAAACAAUUGUCUACUGCUUGGCACUUUGGUAAGAGCCUGUGGCAGUCUGUUAGACUGGGCUGAGGAAGAAGCCACAAGGAAUAGGGAGAGAAGUGGGGCAGGCCUCAGUCCUACGUGUGUCUAACCCUGCUGGGCAAGAGCUGGAUGGGGGUCUUGAGCAGGGCGGUGGGGUGUUCCCAGGCUCUCAGGACCUGACUGUAGAAUGCCACUCUCAUUUCUUGAUGUUACUUCAUGCUACCUGAAAAGUAAACACAGUCUCUUUGCCAAGUGGACACACUUGAGGAACAGUGGCGGGAGAGCGGGAAGGCCACGCUUUCCCUGCUGGGUCCUGUCUCUAGGCAGAUGCGGUCAGUAUUCCGUUUCCCGGCCACACAGCAUCAUAUAUUAAAGCCACAGCAGAGGAAGAAUGUCACCCACUCAGUCCAACCAGAUGCAGAGUCUAAGGUUCCUUACCCACUGGCAUUUUGGAAAUGAAGCACCACUGGCCUGAAUAAGUAGCCUUUUCCAGAUCUUCAGUAUCUUAAACAACUACUGCCACACCCUGUGUUCUGUCAUUUCAACGUGAGAGAAGCCUUGAGUUGGGGCGCUUUCUCUAAUCACUACCACGUUUGCGCUUUCCUGAUCCCUGUACCUUACCCUUGCUCCCAGGGCUCCCUUCAUGGCCUAUGAACUGUUAACUUGGUAUCUCAGGCUAAGCUCUCAGCUGGUCUAGCCUGGUGAGACCCAAAAAGAUCACUCAGAGAAGUGGCUAACCUCAUCUAAGGUUUGAAGGAAUGUUUGUAAAAUUACCUCUUCGAGCCUGAAUACAAGACUUCUUUUAAUUUCAGGGAAGAUCAGAAAAGGAAGCCUAAAGCCCUUUAGCUUUGUGACCCUCAGUAGCAGCUGAAAGAGAAGCAGCCACAGGUUGUACUUGCUGUGUGAGGUGUCAUAGACAUACUGUAAAAGAAUCCAGAAUGACGGCAGGAUCAGAAAAGAAACCGAAUCAAAUCUGCUCUAAGAUGAAUAGAGACUUAUUUUCUUUAUUAAAGUAUUCUUGUAAGACAGUUUUCUGUGUCAAGUAUUUGUGCAAUCAGAGCUGACGUGUAAGCUAUUCUUGUAAUAUCUCAUUAUUUUGAAAGAUUUAUAUGAUGAACUCUGGCUAUCUCACAAUAAAACAGAUGAAAAAGUAA